AUGAUCAGUCUCGGGAAACUGCGGGCGCUUCCCUCUGCUCUCGCCAUUCUCGUGCUCGCCUCGACAGUCCAGGGGGCCUCGAUCAACUUUGACUUCUAUCCCGAAACCGCCCAGGGUUGCAUGUACGCGGCGGCCGACGCCUCCAAGUGCGAGACGGGUGUUGUUAAGACAACAAAUGAAUGCCUCUGCCAAAAUGGAGGGGGUUUUAUCAAGAACACAGCCUCCUGCCUCGGUCGAUCUUCGAGGGAUGACCUCCAACAAGUUUAUGACACGAUGAGCGGUGCUUGCAGGGACUCACGCACGCCUAUGGGCAUCUCGGAGAAGCAGUUUAUGGAUUUCGCGGACGGGGCCACAACCACCAGCACAUCCAUAACGACAACAACUGCUCCAACAAGCACGACGACAACCUCCUCAACAACAAGUACCACUACCUCGACCGAAUCACCACCGGCUUCAACAGAACCAGCAGACGAAGGAAGCCCAGACGAAGGAAGCCAAGGGCUACCGACGGCAGCUCUUGCUGGCAUCAUAGCCGGAUCGGUUGUUGGGGUUGCUGUGGUGGCUGGAAUGGUCUUCUUCCUGCUGCGCAAGAAGAGAAAGCAAGGGGAGGAAUCACAUCCGAUGCUUCCAGAUUCCUACACGCAGCCACCGUUGAGCCAGACAGCCCACAUGUCUGUUACACCAUCGGCAAGUGGCACGAGUGGUGUCUGGCCGCCACAAGAUCAACCGAAGUGGAUGCCAUCGCCAGAGCCCGCGAAGGCUGCGUACAAUAGAGCUAGUGGUUACAACUGGGAGUCCCCAGAGCACCUGUCACUUCCCCCAGACACACAAGCCCAGGCUCAGGCGCAGGCCUACGACAGGUACACAGCAUUCCAACCAUUCCAACCACACAUGUCGACGGUGCAGCCACCCAUUCACGAACUGGAUGUGCCGGUCGGCCACCCUGCAGCGGGUGGUGAAGGUCCGGUCGAGAUGAGCGGCACACCCAUCCAAUCACCGGGCCCCAGAUGGACUGGACAGCCGUAG